AUGGCGCCGUCCGUCCAUCAGGUCGCCCAGAUUUUCGAGGAUCCGGAGCCUCAGCAAAGGGGACGCAGAACGAACCAUAACCGAACCCCUUCUGUUGCAGACGUCCUCAGAGGGCGGCGAAAGGACAACUGUAGCCCUACGAAGUCUCAGAAGCCGUCUGGUCGAGGCGUUGCCAAUUCCGCCAGUCCACUGGGAGAGCGACACAUCAACAGCCCACCCCAACCGAAACGAAUUGCAACCAAAUCAGGCGAUGAGCCUACUCGCCCUGCUCUCCCCCGUUCGCACAAGAAGACGGGGAGCUCGGUGUCGUUGAAAGGGAUCAUCUUGGGUAAAGAGAAGAGCGCAGGCACUGUCGGCGUUUCCCCCAUCGAAGGGCAUACGGCCGACAACAAGCUUAAGAAGGUGAAAUCGGCGAGUAACCUGACAGGACUACUGAAACGGAGAUCCAAGAAGGACCUUAAAGAAGACAACAUCAACAACAACAGCAGCUGCAACCAAGAAAACUGCCCGCCAUCGAAGACAGCUCUUGUCGAGAGUCCCACGCCCAUUUGGGCACAGUUUGCUACUCAGCCCUUAGAGGGUGCGGAUGGCACGAUGAUAUAUCCAGUAUCGAAAAGAAGGACUGUUGAAGAGGAGAUAACACUGUACACCCCCAAAGACUAUUCCGAGUUUCGUCCUUCGGAGCAAAGGAAUUUUUAUGGUUACGGGCCGGCGAUGUCGCCAGCGUUGGACUAUCAGCCACCACAACGACCAUUUCUGGAGCACAAAUCUAGCAGAAGUUCCAUCUUCACCGAGAACAUUGAUGAUGAUGCCGAAGAUGUCAAGCCGCCCAAGGGUGAGGACCAGCCCAUCAGUCGCCCUACCUCCCCUUCCAAAGUGGAAGGCCAUCCCAAUGCUCAAGUCCAACCUGCAAACUCGUCACAAGCAGAUCCCAAAGCCAAAUUAGGCUCAAGAGUCUUUGAGGCAAUCCAGACGUUCAACAUGAGGGCUCGCAGGGACACCCGCCCAGUGCCGGAAACUCCGAACGCUGCAACCUCUCCCCUCAGUCCUCAAGAGCUUGACUCAGCUUUCGAGAGGGUGUUGGAUUCUCUGAACAUUCCACUGAACAUGCGGGACAACAUGCGAAAUCUCAAGCCCGAUGUAAAGGCAGGUUUGAUGAAGGGUGAUCGCAUUGGAAGUGGUUCAUCCACGGCAUCAGCCUUCACCGAUAGCUCCGAGGCCGGCGCAUCAGCUCGGAGCUCUCGCCGAAAGGAGAAUGAGAGACCAAAAAGCGAGGGUGAGGAGAGCAAGGAAGACAGAAGAUCCCGAUCGCGAUCCCGUCCUCGAAGUCGUAUCUUGACUCUGAGCAGACGGGAGGAAGACUCACCUACGAAACAAGACAAAUCCACUUCUUCCUUGAGAUCACGCAGCAAAUCCCGGAACAAAUCCGCCGAUUUGACAAGCUCCAGACCAGCCUCAGCGAAAGCCAUGGCGUCGACCGUGUCGCUGGCAUCCCUCAAUGCGGCAGACAGUGCCACCACUCCGGGAGAUUUCAUCCAUUACCUCCGAGAGGUCCAGAAGCCGGCACUAGUCGAAGUGAGCAAGCUGCACAAACUGAGGAUUCUCUUAAGGAAUGAGUCGAUUUCGUGGACGGAUCAUUUUGUUAGCAAGGGCGGCAUGGACGAACUGGUUCAACUCUACUACCGCAUUUCGAAGAUCGAGUGGCGCGAAGAACAUGAAGACAACCUCCUUCACGAGACACUGCUGUGUCUGAAAGGACUUUGUACGACCUCCCUUGCGCUACAACGUCUGCAGCAAGUGGAAAACGAGUUUUUCCCAGCACUCUUGCACAUGUUGUUCGAUCCCGAACGGAAGGGCCCGUCGGAGUUCAACACCAGAGGCGUCAUCAUCUCGCUCCUCUUCGCGCACGUGUCAGCGGCUGCGGGCUCUGAUCAGGAGCUUUCUCAUGCACGAGCACAGAAAGUUCUUGGGUUUCUCAGAGAUCCGGCGCCAGAGGAUGGCAAGCAGGUGCUCGACUUUGUGUCGCAAAUGCAUACCCCUCGUCCUUAUCGAGUCUGGUGCAAAGAAGUGGUUAAUGUCACGAAGGAAGUGUUUUGGAUAUUUCUGCAUCAUCUCAACGUCAUCCCCAUCGUCGAGGUUGAUGAAUCAGUGGACUAUUGUCGAGCCCAUUUCCCUCCUCCUCGACCACCACACCCGGCAGCUCCGUACGUGGGAGGAGUUGAAUGGGAAGCGACGCAGUACCUCGCGACUCAUUUGGAUUUACUGAACGGGUUGAUCGCCUGUCUUCCGACUGCGACCGACCGUAACGCACUGCGGGAGGAGCUAAAGCAAUCUGGUUUCGAGAAGGUAAUGGGUGGAAGUCUUCGAACAUGCAAAGAGAAGUUCUAUUCUGGAGUCCACGAAGGCCUGAAAUGUUGGGUUGCGGCAGCGAAGGCUGACGAGUGGCCGGUAGAAGACAUGUAG